CGCGUCCCCUGUACUCGGAACCGGGGAAAGCAUGAGGCGGUGGUGUCGGACUGGUGCGACCUUGGCUAUUGGAGCGGGACUCGGAGCCGCGGUCAGCCGCCUCCUGAGCCCCAUAGGCGGCGAGGAGGAGCCGGACAGAUUCGGUCUUCUUAGCAGAAUCCCGGUGGUCCCAGUACCGAGCGUUCAAGCCUCCGAGCUGACGGUAAGUCCAGGUGGGUCGGGAGCGGCGAUGAAAUAUGGCUUUCCCUCAUUGGCCAACAUCAAGACGAGAGAAUCCUACGUCAUCUCAUAUGACCCCCGCACACGCACUGCAUCUUGGGUAAUAGAGAAGCUAAACCCUGCCUCCCUGAGCGGACCAUCAGAUAGGAAAUGCUGCGAGUUCAAAGAGGAUGACAGUGUGCAUGUGUUCCACAGGUCAACCAAUCAGGACUACAAGGGGAGUGGCUUUGACAGAGGUCAUCUGGCUGCUGCAGCCAAUCACAAGUGGAGUCAGAAAGCCAUGGAGGACACUUUCUACCUGAGCAACAUUGCUCCACAGGUAAGCAAACACAUUGGUACACACUACACCCACAUAAACACUACAGCUGUACCCACCAUGCACACUCUUGUUUUGCUGUUCUUUGUGUUUUGUGUUAAGAGCCCUCACUUGAACCAGGUCACCUGGAAUAAUCUGGAGAAGUUGUGCCGCUCUUUGACCAAGCGUUACCUAAACGUCUACGUCUGCAGCGGACCCCUUUACCUGCCCAGGCAAGAGGCUGAUGGGAAAUUCUAUGUUCGUUAUCAGGUCAUUGGACGAAACCACGUUUCUGUCCCGACACACUUCUUCAAAGUGUUGAUUCUAGAGCAGAUGGACGGCAGAGGGGUGGAGCUCCGGUCUUACGUUUUACCAAAUGAAACCACAGAUGAGAAGGUUCCUCUGGAGCGUUUUCUUGUUCCAAUAGAAACCAUUGAGAGAGCAUCAGGACUUCUGUUUGUCCCAAAUAUCAUGAAGAGAACCAGCAGCCUGCAGGCCAUCACCAAUAAAUGAACAACAAUACCCAGGAUACAUCAUUGAUCAACUGAACUGUAGUGCCCAGCUUAUGUUCAUGGGAACAGUUCAGCUGCACAUUCAAGACUAUCCAUUUGAAAGGCAUCAAAAAGAAAAAUAGCCAACAUGCCUCAUGUUACAUCAGCGCUGAUACCCAACAUACUACAGAAGCCUUAGUAUCUUGUGGAUCCACUGCAGCUCUCAUAACAAAGCUACGACACGCAACUCUCUGGUAACUUAUGAAAGCCACCAACAAUGUGUCCUGAGGAGGGAACUGAUACUAAAGUCCAACAAGGAGGUUAUGUUUUCAUCGGCAUGGGUUCAUCUGUAUGUUUGUCAGUUUUUGAAAGAUCAAUCUUACCAUUACAUUUUGUCAAGAUUCAACCCACUGAUGUCACAAAAGAAAUCCCAUGUCUUAUAAUAAAACCGUGUAAACUGUCUUAUCUAA